UGAAGUGACGUGCGAGACGUAAAAAUUGUCGUAUGUGAAUUACGGAUUUUUCUAUUUAUAACGACAAUAAACUUAACAAAAUAUUUAUGCAGACUGACGGCGAGGAAAGUUUGCUGCAUUCAUGCUUCGGCUCACUGAAGAGCGCAGUCAUGGGUUGCUGCUACAGUAUAUGUCAUAAGGAAACUGAUCCGCAGGAAAAUAUAGUCAAUGAGAGAACACAUCUCCUUGAGGUGCCAGAGCAACAACAGGAGACUCCAUCGCCCACCACUUGCGCUUCGACACCACCUCGUAAACCAGAUGAACAGAGUGCGCUCAAUAGAAUACUGCAUGAGACUGCUACCAACGUGAUCGACGUGGGCGCGCUGGGCCCGUACUCGCUGGAGGCGGGCGCGUACAGCGAGCGCGUGCGCACGUACUCGGCGCGCGCCGCGGCCGCCGCGCUGCCCGCGCCCGCGCGCGCGCGCCUGCUGGCCGACCUGCCGCCCGCGCUGCGCCGCGCGCUGCUCGCCGCGCCCAGCCUCGCGCCCGCCGACAGGGACCUGAUAACAAAUGCCGUCAAAAAAGCAGCAUCCGCCAUUUCGGAACUGCGGGUAGAACAUCACGAGGACUUGGUGGUAGCGUUCAGGGUUCCAUAGCAAAGGAGUUCCGCCUCCAUGUCCGAGGACGAACGAUACUGACUUACACUGCAUUAGAUUCAUUUAAUACUUGAGAAGGCGGGAAUCGUGGAAAUGGUGUACAUUGGGUAUGGGAUGAUGGGGUUUUGACUAAUAUUUCCCAUAGGUUCAUAAUUGAGUAUCACUUUCAAUAAUAAUCAUUUUCCAAGCUAAAAUUAUAAUAUAUAUAUAAAGCAAUAUUUUGAAAGAUUCCUAUAAAUUUAACUUCGGUCAUACUUAAGAUUACAUUAUAAAAUAAAUCAGUUUAUGUAAUUUUUUUUAUUUUAUUGAAAUAGAUUUGAUGGAUCCGUUUUUUUUUCAACGUGCAACAAUCAAAACCCUAACUCCCAAGUUGAAAAGUGUUGUGAAAUAGUUUUUAUAUAAAUCGAAGGGCAGUGUAAACGGACAAUUGAUAUUAAUUGUUAAAUACAUAAUAUAAAUAUUUAUCUCGUUUGUUUUACGUGUGCUUCUGCUUAUUUCAACUACAUGUUAACGGUGAUCAUCAACGGACGGCUGUAACAACGUCAUCCAUCGAUGCAAUUGACAUUUACUGGAAAAACUUAAAUAUCUAAAUUUUUGUAUAAAAAAAAUAAAUAUUAAUAUUUCGUUAAAUUUUUAGUAAUUUUGAUAUGCUAUGUGAUAUUUAGAAGCAUAUACCCACGAUGGUUUUAAAAUGGUUCAACUUUGUGACAUAGUUCGCAAUAAUUAGUUUUUUAAAUAUGGCGUCUUAAAACGAUCGUGUGUACCGCGCCGUGUGCCUUUUCUUGUAUCAUAUCAAUGUUAUAAUGCAACUCCUAUAGUUUUUUUACUGGAAAAUUUUUAGGAGCGAUUUUAUAAUAUAGUAUGUUUUGUUCCGAUCACGAAAUAUAUAUUAUAAUUGUAAUUAAUUUCAUAGGCAUUGAUUUUGUAAUUUUAUAAAAAUUGUAUAAUUCAAUUGCUUAGAAUCAGUGUUAUCAUAUAAUGUGUGUAUAAAUUUUGAUGUAAAUUAAAAACAGUGAUUUUGCAUGAAAUAUUAUGAAUUGUUAUAAUCAGUAAUGCAACUAAAUUUAAGUAUUUGCCAAAUCAAUCUGUUCGUAUGGUUAUAUGGAUAAUUAUUAAAAUAAGGACACAGGGAAAUAUAAUUUCAAGUAUAUGGCAAUAAACUGAGAACCACGUGACUAAAUUAAAAAUGGUUUAUUAUAAAAACUGUACGUGACUUCCACUUUAUGACAAAAGUACUGGAAUGACGUCAUAACGACAUGUUCGAUGUAACUUCAAUCCAACAUCAACUUGACAUUUAGCACUUGACAGUUUGACAGUUCGUGUUGUCCUUUUCUUAAGUAUAUAGUAUAAAGUAGAAAAGGACAACACUGUUUGUUUCGUUCAUCUUUUGAUUCACAAUAACCAAUAGAGCUCAAAUUUUCAUUUGAUUUUUCUACAAAAAACGUUUUCUUUAGAUAAUAAGGCUGUGUCUACUAAGCAUGUUAAGUUCAUUGUAAUCUUUUAUGUUAUUCGCAGAUUAUAUCAGAAUAUGUUGAUUAUAAUGCCAUUAUAGAUGUACCUUAUAAUUAAAUAAAUAAAUUUGUAUUACC